GUCAUUUUUGGGAAGGACGGAGCGGUGUUGCAGGGGGCAAAGGACAUUCCAGUGGACCGCGCUCGCAGCGCAGCGCUCAGUCUCGUCUUUUGUCUUUGCCACCACGUAAAUGGCGAGGAUGGACGCCGCCAAGAAGGACAGCAGCAGCAGCAAGAAGCGCAAGAACAAGAGCAGGGGCAAGGGCAGGGACAAGAGGAGGAACACAGACGUCGCUGCCGCUGCCGUGCGCCGCUCCCCGAGGUCUCUGACUGGCUCUGGCUCUUCGUCGACUCCCUUCUUCUCUUUCCCGCAGACGUCGUCUCCAACGCUGUCUGCUCCUUCCUCUUCUUCUUCUUCUUCGUCGUCGUCGUCGUCCUCGCCGUCGUGGAAGGCUUUGUCCAUCUCUUCUUCUGAAGACUCGCGCGCAAGUGGCACCGCUAGCACGGCCGAGAAGUUCGGCUCUGAGGAGGACAUUAUGGCGGUACAAGCCCUCUUCCGUAAAUUCGAUGCUGCCAUUGCAGCACGCUGCGAUGAUUCGCGCAAGAACAGCAAGUGGGGAGAGAAGCAACAUGACGAGACGGCGGGCCUGUCGGACGACGUGAGGCGGCAAAAGACGCAGCUCGAGACGCUGCAGGCGCGCUUCGAGGUCAUGCAGGCGCACCUCGAAACCGUCUUGGUCAAGACGAAGCUGCAGCAGGACUCGAUGCAUCUCGCCACAUCUGCAAUGGAGCGGAAGCUCGAUAAAAUGCAUCAGCGCCUCCGCAAGGAAAUCGACGAAAAGGUGCGCGCCGUGCAGGACGCGGCCGAGGAGAACCUCCGAUUGCUGGGUGAGCGCAUCGAGGAACGCAUCGACUCGGUCGAGUGGAGCCUCCGUGUCGCCACGACCGGGACGGUUGAGAGCCUGGUGAAAGAAGAAGUGGGCAGACAGGUGGAUUUGGAGAUCGAGGCGAGCAAGCAGCGCAUGUCGCAGCUCAAGGAAGAGAUCACCGCCGGCGAGCAGCGCAUUUCGCAUCUCAGAACCGAGAUGGAACAGACGGUGGAACAGACGAAGCAGACCACCGAAGCAAGGCUCGAAGCACGCCUCAAGGACUACGAGCGCAGCGAGGCAAUUUUCAAAAGCAUGUCCGAGCUGAAACGGAGCCUGCGAGAGGAAAUGGCCGAAGCAGAGCAAGACCUGCGAAACGAAAUCAAGGAGCAGAUGGCAGAAGUCGCCGCCGAUGCAGUCGGAGAUGUAGAGGAGCAGGUCAAUGCACUCAACACAGCUGUCGAGCUCCUUCGUGAAGAACAGGAUCUCUCGACGGAGUCUGAUGGCAAGCGCUCGAACACGUUGCGCCGCGUGAAGGAGGAUGUGGAAGCGCUCUUCGCUACGACUGAAAGCUGGUCCAGUGCCGACAUCGAGGACCGUCUCGAAAAGCUUGAAGAUAGAGUCGAUGAGCUUGAAGAUGAUAAGACCGACCCCGACGAUGGUGAUACCAGCGAAAAAGGUGAUGGCGAGAGCGCAGCAAAGGAGCCUGCCGAAGGCGGAGAAGACAAGGCGGUGCUCGAUUUUGCACUGAUCAAGCUCUACGAGCUGUGGGACGAAGUGGAGCACGGCAAUGCGCUUCAUUGGAGGUCUUUCUAUUCCCUCAAGGACAUCGACAGCAAGGCCAGGCUGACGAUACGAUCCAAGGCCAUGCGAUGUCGCAUAAUGCGCUGCCCCGAGCUCAAGGACUGAGGCCCGGCAGCCAUCGUCGCCAAGCAGACCUCUCCCUCUCCCUUCUGGGUCUUUUUCUUAUUCCUUAGUCACCUAACUCUUUCACACUUUCUCAUUAAAUGUCAGAUACGAAGUCCCCUCUCAACCUCGUUCAAUGUCAGGUACAACCACCCCUCUCAAUCUCCACUUUGAUUCUUUCCUUUCCCCGCCGAUGAGGCACAGAGAGAGGAUGAACUUUUUACC